UUGCUUGUCAGUAAAGUUUUUGCUUGAUUGCCGUCUUGUGAUUUUUCUCCUUGUUUUAAUUUUCAUGAAAAUAACGGAAAAUGCCAAGUAACUGUAAUGUUUUGUAUCAAAUUAGUUCAGUGAUAAUACUGUGAAAGAGUGGUUUUGAAUGUAUAUCUUUUUUUUUCGAGAAAUAUAACGAUUGAAUUGUGCAGCAAAUGUAUCAAUACAAAUAUGAAACAUACUUUUGCUUUGUAAUAAACUAGGACGGUGACAAAAUGGAGCACGCAGAUUUGGUGGCCGAAAUGGUCCAGGUGGAACACCUGACCACACAGGAACGGCUACAUUUAGCAAGAAGACGGCGCAUGCAGCAACUAAAGCUAUGGCAGCAAAGGGAGAAAGAAUGGGCGAGGACCAGACCGAGGAAGGAGAAAAGCACCAAAAGGAAUAUUUAUUUUAGCGACAGUGUCAUGCUACUAGAAGCGGCAGCAAGAAAUGAUAUAGAUGAAGUUCGAAGAUUACUCGCGCGCGGCGUUACUCCGGACGCUACAAACGAGGACGGCCUAACAGCUCUGCACCAAUGCUGCAUCGACAACAACGAAGCGAUGAUGCGUCUUCUACUCGAUCACGGGGCGAACGUCAACGCGGAGGACAGCGAGAAGUGGACCCCGCUCCACGCGGCGGCCACCUGCGGCAAUCUUAAUCUAGUCCGAAUAUUAAUACAACGCGGGGCCAACCUACUGGCUGUGAACGGAGACGGGAAUAUGCCAUACGACAUCUGCGAAGAGGAAAGAACAUUAGACGCGAUAGAAAGUGAAAUGGCAGCUAGGGGUGUGACGCAAAGGUUAAUAGACGAAACGAGGGCUGCUACUGAGAUGAGAAUGUUAUUAGACGUGGCGGAACUAGUCAAGGAGGGUAUGGAUUUGGACGAACCCAGGGACAAUCAGGGAGCGACACUGUUGCACGUGGCUUCUGCGAAUGGUUACAUGAAAGUAGUCGAAUAUCUCUUGGAGCAUCGGGCCUCCACCGAUGUGGUGGACCACGACAUGUGGCAGCCGGUGCACGGCGCGGCCUGCUGGGGACAUUUCGAAGUAUUGGAGUUACUUGUGCAGUACGGCGCCGAUCUAAACGUCCGGAACAAGCAUGACGAGACGCCGGCAGAUAUAUGCGAAGAGGGCGAGCUACGGAGCCGCAUACUGCGUUUGGCGGCCGAACAGGAGGAGCACCGGCGCCACUCCGCCGCCGACCGUCUGCGUAGCGCGCGCCGCUCCUCCUCUACCGCCAGCACCAGCAGAGUGCGGUCGGUGCGUCGGACGUCGCUCAGGGAGAAGCAGCUGACGGCCAAGGCGGACGUCCGCGGCGAGGCGAGGCUGCGGGAGACGUUCGAUUCCGUCGUCGACGACGAACUGCAGGGCUUAUCCAAUGGCAUUGAAAAUGAUCAAAACAGCGCCAACCUACAAUCAUCAGAUCUAUCGCACAAAAGAGUGUCAACCGACUCUACAAAUUCGAACCAGAGCUACGACUCCAAUGUCGAAUACGCAGUCCCGAAGCACACUUACAACCAACGGGGACCGCAUAGACCCAGUGACGUCAGCGACACCUCAGACAGCAUACACUUCAACCAGUCCAAGAUCAGCAAUCCGCUGUUCGGCGUGAACGCGGCCUCGCAGUACGCGCCCGGUUCGGUACCCGCCCCGCAACUAGAGGCGGUCAACGAGCAGACCAGACAUUACGACAGGCCGAACGUGCCGAACGGCGUCAGGAAAGCUCCCGAGGGCCAGGACAACGACCCCUACAAGUCCGAGGACGCUUUAGACGGUAGGAAAGAGUUGAUCGUGACACCGAACCAGAUCGCGAUCACAGACGGAGGCACGGCCACUUACACCACAGACAAUAAUGGUAAAAUCAAUGUUCAUGUCACCGUCAUGAUUAACGCAGGCACAUUAGCGGACUUAAAGAAGCAACGUUCGCAGAUAAGAACCAACGGAAGUCCAGUAGAGAAUAGUCUGAAUUCAACAAAUAAUCACAGUAUCAGUUCUCUGAAUGAAGCAAAGGACAUGCCGGUUCAGCUGAAUCCUCUGACCCUAUCCCCCAGUUCCGGGACCAUGCCGCGUUUCUCCGGGAACACCAGUGACGUCGUCGGCGACACCAGGUCUCAUAGGUGCUGCGUCAUAAUGUAGAUGUGUUGCAACCAGAGAAAAAUAUUUCAAAAUCGUAUCCCCGUUGGAGACAGAUUAUCCGAUAUGAGGGCCAUUUGUGGACUCUAGCACUGACAAUGUAACUGCAGCUUAGGGUAAAGAUGGAAUAUCAAUAUCAAGCUGUACUGUGCUGAUUUAAGCUGAUUUUAUCGUGCAGUGUUUUGUCAUCGCACGUAAUCAGAUGCGCGCGAGCGAGAUAGACGAUAAUAGCACAAUGAGGGACUAUACUUAGGCCAUUACAAACGUGCGAACUGAGUCAUAAAACAUUACGUCAAAGGGAUGGGACAAUGCCGCGCACCUCGAUAUCGAUAAAGGGUUGCCCGGAGUUGCUCGGGUUCAAGUAGUCAGAUGACGUGGUCGUUGAUGACUGGUACAUGUGAAUUUUGGGUUGUAGGUGUUUGUAAAAAUUGUCUUAGUUAUCAUUAGACAACCCUACGCGAACCAUGGAAGCAUUAUUCGAUAACUUAACUUUGUUAAAAUCAAAGGGCGAUAUUAACACCCAAACUCGUUCGGUUGUUCAUUACGUGUUUAACGAAUUUAAAAAGUGACCGGAAAAAAAUAUAUUUUUAAAAUUUAAAUAAAUAUGUAACGUUUUUUUGUGUAAUUAUGUUGAUUUAAGUUUUAUACACGCAACACUAGAAGUGUGAGCGAGAGAUCCGAUAUGCCUAUAAGUGUGAGCGAGAGGUCUGAUAAAAAUUAUUUAUGAAUCAGUUCGCACGUUUGUAAUGGCCCAAGUAUAAUCGAGACGUUUUGAAAAAAAACAGACCCACACAGCGCAGGCGCGUCUUAAAUAGAGAACAAGGCAGCAUAGCUUGAUGUUAAUAGAACCAAGUGCUUCUUAUACCUCGUCGGGACAUUUUGUGUGAAUAUUGUAUCCAUGAUUUUGUUGUAUGCUUGGUAGCUGUGCCACGCCGUAUUUCGUUGCCUUUUACUAAAGGAUGUGAUUUAAAAAAAAAGUCUGAUUGUCAUUCCAGAAAAUUAAAACGGUUAUAAAAAAAUGUAUUUAAAACAAGUUUGAACGACCUAAUUGUAACAACGGUGACUCCCAUUUUUAAUAUAGCAAAAUUUUGAAAUUUUCAAGCGAAUUCUAAUUUUGAAUUAAGUCAAACGACAAAACUUUUUUGCAAUUUUGUUGCCAACAUGAAAAACCAGUUUUUAUUUUAUUGCCGAUCAAGUAUUGCCAUUAUUGCUCACGCGCAGACGGGCUUGCCAACGGCUGGGAGGGAAUACAGUGUGAUAGUGUCAUAAGAGCUCAAUCUUUAAUAUUUUUAAGUAGAUUAUACACAUGGAAAUGUUUUAAUUAAUCAUAAAUAAUCCUAUAUAUUCAAAUAAUUAUUAAAUUUAUUUUUAGUUUAUAAUUACUGUGUAGCUAUUCUCCUUUUAGAACAUUCCAAUUUAUUUAUAGUUUCGUACGUUUGUUUGCAGUAUUGCCUGUAUUAAUGAAUGAAAAUGUAAACGGAACAAUUACGUAACAUUUAUUCCUAAUAAAUAAUAAUUAAGUGCCUAUUGAAUCGGAAAGAAGCUCGUCUAUGUGAAACAUGGCGUUUAAAAAAAUACAAAACAUUAAUAUAAUAAGUUAUUGAACAAAUAAUGAGUAUUUUUAUUAUAAAUUAAUUAUCUUCGCUUCUAGUUCAUAAAUAGUCCAAUUUAUUUCGGGACUUGAUUGUUUGUGAAAUACGAAGGUUUAGAAAUUUUAUUGUAAUUUAUGUCUACGAUUCUAAAAUAAUAUUAUACUUUUGGAAUUCUAAUGUUUAACAUGUCCUAUUUUUCUUCUUGAGAAAACAUACCGACUUUAAACAUUAUAAUAUUAUAAUCGUCUUUCGUUCGUGAUGAUAAUAUUGUUCAUAUCACUAGACAGGGGUUGCUUGUUUGGUUAAAAUAAAACUAUAUACUAUCUUGUAAUAUCAGAUGUGUAUUUGAGGGUAAUUCUGAAAACGGUUUCGCGAGUCGUAACAAUGUACAAAGACUGGAUUUGUUAUGUAAGUUUUAACUGUGAAUAGGAACUGAGGUAUCGCGAAAACAGUGAUAACGAUUACCUUAGAGAUAUUCUGCGUGUGUUCCUUGAACGUAUUCGAUUGUGUAAAAUUUAUAAAUUACUUUUUUAAUUAUGUGUAUUAGUAGAAUUUAUUUUUGUUUUAUAUCGUUUCAACAUUUUCACUAAAUGUUCAUUGUUAUAAUGCUGAACGGUGUAUAGAAUUUAUUUUUGCACAAAGCACACAAAAGAGGUUUCGUUUUCAAUUUACGUAAUAAUAGGAAAAUAUCGAAUCACGGUAGAAACCGCGUAUCGAUUCAGUUUGUAUUCGAGCAGCUGGUAGUUGACGAACCGAAGGGGGCCACAUAGCGUUCUUGUCAUUUAGUAGGUCGCAAUGUACGACGCUAAGAAAAUAAAACUUAUUUUUUAUCUUGUGUAGGCUUUAAUCAAAAGUAACGUGCGUGUUUGAAUUAAAAAAAGUUUAGUGUCGCUCCCAAAUGAUAGAUGGCGCUUUUUUUCUUUUUCGAUUAUAUUUUGAACGGCUAAAUACUCAAUUAGUGCCAAUUUUUACACUUCGUAUACAGCAAGAGAAUUUUUGAUUGUUAACAAAUUUUCGUCUCCAAUAUUAUUUUGCCUGUGAAUCAUUAAAGUCAUCAACCAUGCACUUUUGUUAGUUCGUUUUCAGUCAAUUCGUAAUUUCCACAUAUUGUGCCAUUUCAUACUUAUAAAAUUAUUUGAUUUCACUAAACUAUGGGAUAAAAAUUAAUAGAUUUGAAAUCGCUGACGUGAAUUGCCUUGCCGUACAUAUUAUAUUAUAUUAAAUUGCCCGUUUACUGAAUUAUUUUGCCAAUCGUUGUAAGUUGUCAAAUUGCACUUUUCCAAACAACAUAUCUUAUCUUCAUUUAGAACAGAAAAAAAAAGUGUUCAUUAUCUGUGGUAUAUAUACUCUUUAAGAAAUUGGCAACAUUCCAUAUAUAUUUUUUCAAAUAUAGUAUUAUCUACAGUUUUUUUUUGUAUCUAAUUUUCUUGUAGUUUUCAUAUUCUUAUUCUAAUCAUACCGUAAAAAUCAUUCGUCCAUAUUUUAGUCACUAGUCUAAUUAUAAAUAUUUAAACUAUGAAAUCAUUGGUACUUAAAAAGUACUUAAACGUGUAAAUACAAAAAAUGAGAAGUAAGCAAUACUGAAUGGCCUUAAUAAAGAAAAGCACAAUAUAUUUUUUCCAUAAUUAUUUUUAUUACAGUAUUAUUAUUUUUAUUAGCAUUUUUAAAAGCAUUUUUGGUACUAUUGUAUCUUAUACGUAAGAAGUUCAAAUGUAAUUUUAAGUUGCUUAAUUCGUUCCGUUCCUCACUUUAUUUGGUUGUGAUGGCGUCGCCUCUUGCCCGGACGUAUCAAUAACAAAUUAUUAAAA